AGUCAUGAGUUCAAGGACUGUAGGGUGAAGACUAGCAAACUUAUGCCAUGCAGGAGUUCUGUUUGCGUUUCAUGGCAGCUUUGAAGGGACGUCUUGGGCAGAGUCCUACUCAGCAGCUUCAGACUUGCAUGCUCAAAAAAAGAGCCACAUGUAUGUGAGUAUGAAAUAAGAGUUGCCGGAGCCAGUACAUACUCCCGGAGGAGGCAGACGGCUCAGAAGACGGGAUGACUCAGUAUACAAGAGUCUGUUAAGUGUCCUAUUGCAUCUGACCCAUCUACGAGCAGCCUUAUCAGAUGCGUCUUACUGCUGCACUGAUGACCAGAUACGAGCGAGGCAGGAGUGAAGCAGAAGUGAAUGUGAGAUGCGGAGUGGUGGCUUCCCGGGAGCGGAACUAGCUGGAUGCUCUCAGACUGUUGCACCGAGGCUGAAGAUAUCUACCACGCUGGUGAUGUUCAGCCCAUCCUCUGCUGUGAACCCGUGCACCUCCCCACGGGUGCCCCAGACCGUCCCCAUGGACCUGCGGAUCGGGCAGCGCGUCGUCAAGCCCGGCUCUGACACCACCUUGCUGGCCCUGAAGCACACGCAGCAGCUACAACACCAGCUCUUCCUCGCCAGCCUGCACCAGCAGCAAGUGGAGCAGCUCGCCCACCAGCACGUGAGGGUGACCAUGGAGUCCCCGCACCGCGAAGCUGAGCCUGGGCAACAGGAGCAGGAGCUGCGGCAGAUCCUCAACAAGGACAAGAGCAAGCGAAGUGCUGUGGCCAGCACAGUGGUGAAGCAGAAGCUGGCUGAGGUCAUCCUGAAGAAGCAGCAGGCAGCUUUGGAGAGGACCAGCAACCCCAACCCUUCAGCCAUGCCAUACAGGUCUCUGGAGCCUCUGGAUCCUGAGGGCCCUUCCCCUCCUGUGCUCAGCACCUUCCUGCCCCCUGUCCCCAGCACUUCUCUUGACCCCCCGGAGCAUUUUCCACUGAGGAAGACAGCGUCUGAACCCAACCUGAAGGUGCGUUGCAAGCCCAGGAAAUGCCUUGACCGACGCAAGAACCCCUUGACGCGGAAAGAGAGCGCUCCCCCUUCGCUCAAGAGACGGCAGCCCGAGGCGAUUGACUCCUCCCCAAGCAGUAGCAGCACCCCCGUGUCUGGCUGCAGCUCUCCCAACGACAGCCUCCCUGCUGAGCACGGAGCCCUCCCCGCUGCCUCCGGCAUGGCCCACGAGACACCCCUGGCCCAGCGCCUGAUGAUGCAGGAGAGCUCACUGGCCCAGUUUGCCCUGCAGAGUGCAGCCUCCCUUCCGGCCAUCACACUGGGAUUGCCGGCUACCACUAGUGCCAGGGGAGAGACAGAUCGCCGCCCCCUCUCCAGCCUGGCGCACCGGGUGCCCGUGCUGAACGGACCUGUCCUCGCAGGCACGCACUCGCCCAUGUUCAUACCAGCUGGCUUGGAGCAGCAUGAGGCUGGGAGCCCCUUGUCCCCUCGGCUCCAGCCCGUCAUCAUCCUCGAGCCCUCAGUCACCCACGCUCCACUGGUGGCGGUGCCAGGUCUGGGAACGGUCCCCUUCUCCUUCGCCCCCUCGCUCAUCUCUGCAGAGCGCCUGUCACUCCCAGGCCACCAUAAACCGCUGGGCAGGACCCGCUCGGAACCCCUGCCCCAGAACCCCAAGGCCAUCCAGCAGCAACUGGUGUACCAGCAGCAUCACACCCAGUUCCUGGAGAGACUCAAGCAGCAGACGCAUCUGGGCAAGCGCAUGGCUAAAUCCAGCGAGAAGCCCCGUCUGCGGCAGAUCCCCUCGUCGGAGGACAUGGAGGCUGAGGGGACUCUCCCAGAAGCCGGGGCUGAGAGCAGUGACCCGGCAAGGGCACGCGUGGAGCCCACGCGGCCGGGGAGCAGCGUGAAGGAGCCCGAGAGGACACAGAAGAUGAUGCAGCCUCAAGAGGAGCUUGUCCUACAGCAGGCCUAUCUCUGGGAUUCCUACCAGCGCGUGCAGCACCAGCUCCUCAAGCGGCAGCCCUUGGCCGACUCCCCCGUGGUUCCCACCAUCCAUGCGGGGCACAGGCCCCUCUCCAGGGCUCAGUCAUCUCCUGCCACCGCGACCGUCUCCCUCCCUGCCCAGGACACAGCCUCCAAAACGCUCUCCCUGCCUGUGCAGGAGCAACCAGCUAAGCCGCACUUCACAACAGGGCUGGUUUACGACUCGGUGAUGCUCAAACACCAGUGCUCCUGUGGCGACAACAGCAACCACCCAGAGCACGCGGGCAGGAUCCAGAGCAUCUGGUCCCGUCUGCAGGAGAGAGGGCUGCGCAGCCAGUGCGAGUGUCUGCGGGGACGCAAGGCCACCCUGGAAGAGCUGCAGUGCGUCCAUACCGAGCGCCACGUCUUUCUCUACGGCACCAACCCCCUCAACCGCCUGAAACUGGACAAUGGGAAGCUGGCAGGGAUCCUGUCGCAGCGAAUGUUUGUCAUGCUGCCCUGCGGAGGGGUGGGGGUGGACAGCGAUACCAUCUGGAACGAGCUGCAUUCCUCCAACGCUGCCCGCUGGGCCGUGGGCAGCGUCACCGAGCUGGCCUUCAAGGUGGCCACCAGGGAGCUGAAGAACGGCUUUGCUGUGGUGCGGCCACCUGGACAUCACGCGGAUCCUUCCACUGCCAUGGGAUUCUGCUUCUUUAACUCGGUGGCCAUUGCCGCAAGGCAGCUGCAGCAGAAGGGGAAACUCAGCAAGAUCCUCAUUGUGGACUGGGAUGUUCACCAUGGCAAUGGGACCCAGCAGAUCUUCUACAGAGACCCCGAUGUUCUCUACAUCUCUUUGCAUCGUCACGAUGAUGGCAACUUCUUCCCUGGUAGUGGGGCUGCUGAUGAGGUUGGUGCUGGCCCUGGUGAGGGAUUUAAUGUCAACGUAGCCUGGACUGGAGGGCUCGACCCCCCCAUGGGUGACCCUGAGUAUCUGGCUGCUUUCAGGACGGUGGUGAUGCCGAUUGCACACGAAUUCUCCCCCGAUGUGGUGCUGGUGUCGGCCGGCUUCGACGCAGCUGAUGGCCACCCGCCACCCCUGGGUGGCUACAAAGUCUCUGCUAAAUGUUUCGGCUACAUGACAAAGCAGCUGAUGAGCCUGGCUGGCGGAGCCAUCGUCCUGGCGCUAGAAGGUGGCCAUGACCUUACGGCCAUCUGCGAUGCAUCCGAGGCCUGCGUGUCAGCCUUGCUGGGCAACGAGCUGGACCCUCUCCCAGAGGAAAGCAUGAGGCAGAAACCAAAUCCCAAUGCUGUGCGCUCCUUGGAAACAGUGAUCCAGGUCCAGAGUAAAUACUGGGUGGCCGUACAGCGCUUUGCCUCCAAGCUGGGCUGCUCCUUCCUGGAGGCACAGCACCACGAGGCAGAAGAGGUGGAGACGGUCACAGCCUUGGCCUCCCUCUCAGUGGCCGUGAUGGUGGAGAAGAGGCCACAGGACGAGCCGAUGGAGGAAGAGGAGCCCAUGAACCAGUGAUGAGCAGUGACGUUCUUUGCUCCUCUGCUUCCAGGAUGUGGCUGGACUCUCCUGAGCCCAGCGCUCGCUCUUCACUCCUGGCUUCCCGUUUGCCACGUCAUCCUCACUCCCCGAGUCAUGGUCCUGAAAUGGCCUGGACCUUUGGCUGCCGCCUCUGCAGGUCUCCCAGAAAGGAUGGUCCUGCAGCCACCUGGAAGAUGUCCUCCUGCUCGGGACCGAUGGAAAACCACAAACUCCCUCUGCACGGCGUGGCCUUGCAAACCUAGACCGUGCCUGCAAUCAGUCCCCAACCUUCGGGACCUGAAACCCCUCUGGGGACAUGUGUGAGAGACCUCCACCCCGCUGGCUGCGGUGGCAGCCAGACGCAGAGCUGCCCUUCUCCUGGGAUCUUCCUCACCCUCGGGGAAGGGGUGGGUGUUGGGAUGGAUGUUGUGGCCGUGCUGCGGGUGGUUAGAGUCGCCUUCGGGACUGCACCCAGAGCUCCUCUCCAGCCAGGCGGCGAUGCCUUUGAGAAGCAGCCCCGUGUUUUGCUCGGGAGGGCCAGGCUCUCUGUGUCUUCUCGCGAAGGCUUCCUGCCUCCCCUUCCUCCGGUGGGGCGCAAGGUGGGAGCGAGUGUGACGGUGACACGGGCCAUGAGCUCGUUCUGCACGAGAAGGGUUUGGACAGCUGCGGAUGAUGCGCCGAUGCCCUGCAGUUGGGGAAGAGCAAGGGCUGGAGCGUCUGCAGUGCCCAGGAUUGCACCCAUGGGACAUCCUAACCACUAACCAGAGCGUGAACCCUCUGGUGCUGGGGCUCUGAUUUGCACUAUAUACAAUUGACGUGUGCUAAUGUGAACCUUACGUACUCUUCUUUCCAUGGGAAUUUCGGGAACAAACACCUCUUCGUGUGGACGUUGCCAAGGUGCCUUGAGCCCUUUUCAGCAGCCCGCUGACCUGAGGAUCUGUAUCAGUGUAGACCCCUGUACUCCCUAAAGCAGGGGCAGCCCAGCUGUCUUCCAGUCUCCCCCCUGAGCCCACACUCCCUGCAGCUGCACCCCAAGCCCACCCCCAGCACCCCCACGGGCUCCUCUUCUCCAACUGAGAUCAGAUCAAGUCCUGUCACCCUCUGCUUGGCGCUCAGCUCCCCCAGGGAUGCCCAAAGCCCCAGCAAUACAGUGCCUGUCCCUGUGCUGUCUUGGGGUGACAGAGGCAGGGUCAGGCCCCCCCAAAAUGAGCUGUCCAUCUAGAUUUGCUUUCUUCCCAUCUCCUACUGCAUUGUGUGGCUCUUCACCCCCUGUGCCUUCCCUGUGUCCCGCAGGGACAGGUCCCUGCUUGGGCGUCACGGUGCUGGGCUGCAGUGGGGUUUGGGGACAGCUGGGCUGGGGUGGAGGGGAUGGAUGGGACUGGUUGAGCUCGGGAGGUGGCCGGGCUCUGUCUGCAGGCACAGGGAGGAGAUUUUGUAAAAAAAAAAAAAAAAAAAAAAAAAAAAUUAACAAAGAAGGAGGGGAAAAAAAAAAGACCUUCAAAGAAUAAAACAUUUCUGUGUCUCAGACUGCCCAGAGCUGGGGUCCAGCAGCGCCGGCCGGUGGCAGAGACUUGGGAGGGUGCGAGGUCCUUUACAGCCCAGCGACACGCAGAGAAGUCAUCAUGGCCACACCGCAGCACUGCCCAUACCCCACCGACGGCUGCCGGGGCUCGGGUCCCCACGCAAGGUGGUCCUGGGAUGGGCACCCUCCACGGCAGCCUCUUGCUGGACAGGAGGGAGGGCAAUCACAUUGCAACGGGCAAGAAGGGGUUAAAAAGCACCCCAAACCCUUCUCAGUCUUCUCCAGAGCCUGGCAUUUGUAGGUGCUAUCCCUCAAUCCUGUGGGUCUCCCCAGGUGAGCUGGGGGGGGGUGGUGGGAAGGACCUGCUGCUUCUCCAGCCUUGGGGCACUGGGGCAGUACUGGUGGCCCCGAGCCGGGGGCUGGUACUGUCCCCCCGCUUCCCUAUGGCCGUGCCAACCACUGCAGCCCCUUCCCCCUGCUCCAUCCCCUCCGCCGUGGCUCCUCCCGUGCCGCCACCUCUCCCGCCGUCUGCCUCGGUUUCCCUUCCCUUCACAGUCCCAACCUCAUCCCCGUUUCUCCCAGUGGGUCCCAGCUGGACUUAUGCCACGCAGGAGCUGUGCUGGAGUAAAGGAGGAGGCUAUGGCUGCUCCUCGCCUCUGAGGAAGCCCAAAGCUUGAUAUCGAAGGAGAGUUUGUGCCCCAGUUUCCACCAGGAGAAAGCUGUGGGUGCAACUGGGUGAGCUCGGCCGUGGAAGCUGUUACUGCCUUAAAGCAGAGGAAAUGCCCCAAACAAAUGGCCUCUUUCCUCACUUUUAAACUUCUUUAGCAUUUAACGUUUUUCAGGUUUCCUCUGGGUCUAUCAGGGCAUGAUACCAAAGGAAAAAAAGCUGUGAUUAAUUAAGCUCAUGAAUUCAAGGGCUGGCCCUUCCCAGCCCGGUAGGUCUUGGCUGGGAGCACCCAGCGAGACCCUUCAUGAGCAUCACCCAGCCUGGGCUGGGGUGGGUGGCCCAGAAAUCAACUCAUCGUGCGCACCCCGCGUGGUAGGGACACCCCCAAACUGGAACCAAAACCCUGAGCAACCCCUCUGCCUUCGCUCCCCUGUUGUGUCACCCCGCCGGCAGCCGAUGUGCCGAUCGGUUCAUGAGAAGCGCCGGCCCCAUCUGCCAACCGGUCGCUUGUGGUUUCAACCCCAAAACAACGCGGCGGCGAGGCGAGCGUGGUUUGGUUUUUUUGUUUUUUUUUUCCUAGCCGACUUACGUGCUCGCUCCCCAUGGGGUGCCACCUCGUUGUCCCCAGGUCCCUCCUAAACGUCCCUUUCAGUGGUGUCCGCUGAGCGCGGAGGCUGGAGGAGGUGGUGGGGUCCCGUGGGCGCAGGUCCUGCCGUGGUGAUGCUGAAGCCCAGGUCUGGGUGGGUGCGUCGCUGUCUGGGUGCUCCCCCUCCGCUUUUCGGUUAGGGUGGAGGGAAGGACCUCACUGAGCUCCCAGCUGCCUGAUUUUAACAGCUGAACAUCACGCAGAGGAGUCCCACCGUGAAGCCGGUGGUGGACAUCUCCUCCAGCUCCGGGCAGGAGGUCUCCUCUGCACCAUCCCCGUGCGUUCCGGACGAGCACAAUCCACCCCAUCGCAAACGGCGGAUGGGAUCUCCAGAACGGGCACCGGGUCCCACAGGAGUCACUCGUGCUUUCCAGCCGAUGGGCAGGUUUGGUGGCACGGCAAGAAAAGCCACGUGACAUCGUGGGCACCCACGCCAAGGGUGCUGUGGGACACCCAACGUCGUGCUGGGGUGGCCGUCCCUCGGUGACAGGGUUUAUUGGGGCUUUUCCCUCAAGACACAUGAAAACGCUAAGGGCCAGAACAUCUCCAGAUCCAUCCCUCCUUGCCCCAAACACCUUUUUCCCCUCACAACUUUUUGUGUCUUUGGUAACAGCAACCAUGAUCGUGGCUGUAAAUACUGAAAAAAAAAAACCCCAAGACCUUGGUUCAAAUUAUUAUUCCUUCCUUAGGGCUGACAUUUCGCUCAUUUCAAAAUAAGUCAAUAUAGGGAUUUUUUUUU